AUGGAUCCAGGAGCCAACGAAGUCGAUCGUCAGUUGUUAGAGAAGUGGCUGGCCUCCGAUGUCGUCUCCAAUUACUGCAAGUCGGCAGUUAACGGUGAAGACAACGCAAAGAGAAAGAAGCAAAAAUGUCAAACAUAUUUUGCUGAGAUUUUCUUUGCUCCGAUGGGUGGCUCUGCUCCUACUAGAGAGCCGAGAGCCUGUGAUGGCCGGCUCAGAAUGCUGUUAUUCCCCCGGUGCAGCAGCAGCCGCUUGUUGUGUCUGGCAUACGUGUUCUCCAUUAUCGCUGCAAUUUCGGAGUGCGCUGCAUUGAUACAUGUAGCAACCUUUGACACCGAUAGAACAUAUCACCAGGCUUCACUGGUGUUUAAGUGCCUCAGCGAAGAGGGUGUCCACGUGCUUAACUUGUGCCUACUCGCCAUGCGAAAGACGCCAGAUGCUGCAAGUCCGGAAUUUUCGCUUAGACAGUGGUGCCAGGUUCCCAGUGAUUACAGAGCAUGGGCUCUGGAUGCACUACAUGACCAUCAGAUCAACUUCCUUAACGGCAAAGUUCCAAAAGCCCAGCCUUCCGGUGAAGCUUCAGGAGCCCAGCCUUCUGGUGAAGUUUCAGGAGCCCAGCCUUCGGGUGAAGCUCCAGAGACCCAGCCUUCGAGUGAAGCCCCUCGUCCCGCCGCGCGGGCUGAUGAAGAGCCACAGGCCCCACCAAAAGUCCUUCGCAGCUCCCGGGGAAGAGUCCUCUCGCCAAUCCAGCCACGGUCAGCCCUCCGCAGCCAGCCAGCCAGUCAGGUGCCAUCGAGAACCAAUACCCCCGCAAGAAUGGCCUAA